CGCCCACCCAGUGUCUCUGCCGCGCGGGCCGCAACAGGCAGUGUGGCGGGCGAGCGCGAGGACCGCGCGCCGUGAGGCCCCGCGCGUGCGUGCAGACUUGCUGGCGGCUCGCGCUUCGCCGGGCGGGCUGAAGAGACACGCUGAGCCCCCGCUGCCGCCGCCGCCGCCGCGGGGGAAGCCCGGGAGCCUCUCGGCGUCCCCUCGGUCUGCGUAAACCCCACGCCCCACGACCCGUGGCCGGGCCAUGGCGGAACGCGGAGGGGCGGGCGGUGGUCCCGGAGGCGCUGGGGGCGGCAGCGGCCAGCGGGGCUCUGGGGUCGCCCAGUCCCCGCAGCAGCAGCCGCCGCAGCAGCAGCCGCCGCAGCAGCCGACGCCCCCCAAGCUGGCCCAGGCCACCUCGUCCUCCUCGUCCACCUCGGCGGCGGUUGCCUCCUCCUCGUCCUCGUCCACCUCCACCUCCAUGGCCGUCGCGGUGGCCUCGGGCUCCGCGCCUCCCGGCGGCCCGGGGCCAGGCCGCACCCCCGCCCCGGUGCAGAUGAACCUGUACGCCACCUGGGAGGUGGACCGGAGCUCGUCCAGCUGCGUGCCCAGGUUAUUCAGCUUGACCCUGAAGAAACUCAUCAUGCUAAAAGAAAUGGACAAAGAUCUUAACUCAGUGGUCAUUGCCGUGAAGCUGCAGGGGUCAAAAAGGAUUCUACGCUCCAACGAGAUCAUCCUUCCAGCUAGUGGCCUAGUAGAAACAGAGCUCCAAUUAACUUUCUCCCUUCAGUACCCUCAUUUCCUUAAGCGAGAUGCCAACAAGCUGCAGAUAAUGUUGCAAAGGAGGAAGCGGUACAAAAAUCGGACCAUCUUGGGCUAUAAGACCUUGGCUGUGGGACUCAUCAACAUGGCAGAGGUGAUGCAACACCCCAAUGAAGGUGCUCUGGUGCUUGGCCUGCACAGCAAUGUAAAGGACGUCUCUGUGCCUGUGGCAGAAAUAAAGAUCUACUCCCUGUCCAGCCAGCCUAUUGACCAUGAAGGAAUCAAGUCCAAGCUGUCUGAUCGUUCUCCUGAUAUUGACAACUACUCUGAGGAAGAGGAGGAGAGCUUCUCAUCAGAACAGGAGGGCAGUGACGAUCCCUUACAUGGGCAGGACCUGUUCUACGAAGAUGAGGAUUUGCGGAAAGUGAAGAAGACCCGGCGAAAACUGACCUCAACAUCAGCCAUCACGAGGCAACCUAACAUCAAACAGAAGUUUGUGGCACUCCUGAAGCGGUUCAAAGUUUCUGAUGAGGUAGGCUUCGGGCUGGAGCAUGUAUCCCGGGAGCAGAUUCGGGAGGUAGAAGAGGAUCUGGAUGAACUGUAUGACAGUCUGGAGAUGUACAACCCCAGCGACAGCGGCCCCGAGAUGGAGGAGACAGAGAGCAUCCUCAGCACUCCAAAGCCCAAGCUCAAGCCCUUCUUUGAGGGGAUGUCGCAGUCCAGCUCACAGACGGAGAUUGGCAGCCUCAACAGCAAGGGCAGCCUCGGAAAAGACACCACCAGCCCUAUGGAAUUGGCUGCUCUAGAAAAAGUCAAAUCUACUUGGAUUAAAAACCAAGAUGACAGCUUGACCGAAACAGACACUCUCGAAAUCACUGACCAGGACAUGUUUGGAGAUGUAAGCACGAGUCUGGUUGUGCCAGAAAAAGUCAAAACUCCCAUGAAGUCCAGCAAAACAGAUCUGCAGGGCUCUGCCUCCCCCAGCAAAGUGGAAGGGACACACACACCCCGGCAAAAGAGGAGCACACCUCUGAAGGAGCGGCAGCUCUCCAAACCCUUGAGUGAGAGGACCAACAGCUCAGAUAGUGAACGCUCACCUGACCUGGGCCACAGCACACAGAUUCCAAGAAAGGUGGUGUACGACCAACUGAAUCAGAUCCUGGUGUCUGAUGCAGCCCUCCCAGAAAAUGUCAUCCUGGUGAACACCACUGACUGGCAGGGCCAGUAUGUGGCUGAGCUGCUUCAGGAUCAGCGAAAGCCUGUUGUUUGCACCUGCUCUACCGUGGAGGUCCAAGCUGUGCUGUCCACCCUGCUCACCCGGAUUCAGCGCUACUGCAACUGCAACUCGUCCAUGCCAAGGCCGGUCAAGGUAGCAGCCGUGGGAGGCCAGAGUUACCUGAGCUCCAUCCUCCGGUUCUUUGUCAAGUCCCUGGCCAGCAAGACCUCUGACUGGCUGAGCUACAUGCGCUUCCUCAUCAUUCCCCUUGGUUCUCACCCAGUGGCCAAAUACUUGGGCUCAGUUGACAGUAGAUAUAGCAGUACUUUCCUUGAUUCUGCCUGGAGAGACCUGUUCAGUCGUUCAGAGCCUCCAGUGUCAGAGCCACUGGACGUGGUGGGGCGUGUGAUGCAGUAUAUCAACGGAGCAGCUACAACGCACCAGCUGCCUGUGGCUGAAGCCAUGCUGACCUGUAGGCACAAGUUCCCUGAUGAAGACUCCUAUCAGAAGUUUAUUCCUUUCAUUGGUGUGGUGAAGGUAGGCCUGGUUGAAGACUCACCCUCCACUGCAGGUGAUGGGGAUGAUUCACCUGUGGUCAACCUUACUGUUCCCUCCACAUCACCACCCUCCAGCUCAGGCCUGAGCAGAGAUGCUACAGCCACCCCUCCUUCCUCCCCAUCCAUGAGCAGUGCUCUUGCCAUUGUGGGGAGUCCCAGUAGCCCAUAUGGAGAUGUGAUCGGCCUCCAGGUUGACUACUGGCUGGGCCACCCUGCAGAGCGGAGGAGGGAAGGUGACAAGAGGGAUGCCAGCUCAAAGAAUACCCUCAAGAGUGUCUUCCGCUCAGUUCAGGUUUCUCGCCUGCCCCAUGGUGGGGAAGCCCAACUUUCUGGCACCAUGGCAAUGACUGUGGUCACCAAAGAGAAGAACAAGAAAGUGCCCACCAUCUUCCUGAGCAAGAAACCCCGGGAAAAGGAGGUGGACUCUAAGAGCCAGGUCAUUGAAGGCAUCAGCCGCCUCAUCUGCUCCGCCAAGCAGCAGCAGACCAUGCUGAGAGUGUCCAUUGAUGGCGUCGAGUGGAGUGACAUCAAGUUCUUCCAGCUGGCAGCCCAGUGGCCCACCCAUGUUAAGCACUUUCCAGUGGGCCUCUUCAGUGGCAGCAAGGCCACCUGAGGCCUUCCUCCCAGUCACUCUCCCUCCUGGCACUUGCCACCCGGCCUCACCGCCUGCGGGCAGGGGGAGGCCAGCAGGCCUGAGCCCAGCACCCCUUCCCAGCUCUGGGGCCUGCCUCUCAUGUGCCCAGUCCUGAAGGACACUGCCACUGGGGGUGCUGCUCUCCCCAAUGAAGACCUCCCCUCCCAGGGACCUCCCAACCCAUCCCUGGUCCACUCUUCCUCCCUCCUUUUCCUUGGCCCUCCUCCCUUCUGCUCCAGCCCCAGGGCACAUGGGUUCUGCCUUCUGAUGCCCAUAGUCCCUGGAAUUGAGUUCUCUGGGCCUUCCUUGACCCAGCUCCCCACUUCUUCCCCCUGUGAUCCCAAUUCCCUUCCUGAAAAUAGGAAACCUGGAAUCCUGGUCCACAGCGGGAGAGGGCAGCCCUUCCCACCCCAGUUCCACCGCCAGGCUUUUAUUUUCUAAGGCCCUACUGCCAGAUGCCACCCACUCUACCCACCUCCAAAGGGACUGGAGCCUCUUCCCACUUACGUGGAGACCUCACCAGCCCCACAGCUUCCCAGUGAAGGGUGAGGGGGCACCUGAGUACCACAGUGUGUUUCUAGGUUUGAGAAGCCUUCUCAGUCUCCCCACGCACGACUUCCUACCACCCCAAGUCUCUGUAGAUGUGUGUCCUAAGCGUUUCUUUGGUUUUUGCACGGCCAGUCCCUUGGUUGUCUGUGUGACUUGUUCCGUACACAGGUCCAAUCCUUAUGGCUUCCUCCCUUGUUGGUGAUGCCUCUUCCUCUGCCUCCCAACCCCUCACCCAGCACGGCUCUGCCUGGCCUUGAGAGGCGAGAGGCAGGUCACAUAGUCCGUGAUCCCCUGCCACUGGCUGUGUGUCUCCCUUUUCCCCGUCAACUUGUUUCCCCUUUGCUGCUCUGUCUUCCCACCUCCUCCCUAACAUGGUGGUGGGCAAAGGCCCCUCCUCUACCAGGUCUCCCUCCAGCAGCCUCCUUCCUUCCCUUUUCCCAGUUACGGGGCUAUAGCUGAAGAUGCAAAGCCAAACCCAGGCUCCAUGCCCUCCAGCACCUCCAGGGAUUCUUCAUUGUUCUCUCUGUUCCUUUGAAGUGUGGCACAGAACUUCACUUUGUAACUGUUUUUCUCAUUCUCCAUGCUUCCUCCAGACUCCUCCAGCCCUUCCCCAAGGUCCAGCCCUACUGUCUAGAGCAUCUCCCCAACCCAAGAAUGGAGUUGGGUGGGAGGACUGGGGCCA